GUUUUGUGUCCAUAAAUGACUGCAUUGUUUGCCAUCAAAUCCAUUGACUUCUUCAGUGAAUUGCAUUGAUUUUGAGGCACAAGUGAAGUGAUGGCAGACUUUGCGGAUGUCUUCGGAAGUGAUGUCGACUCGAACGAUGACUCCGACAGCGACUCCAAGAAGUCGACAGAAUCUAAAGAAUCGAAAGAAUCGAAAGAAGGCAACGAAGAGCCCAAUGAUGACAACGAACGCAAUGAAGACAAAGAUGACUCACACAACGAUGAGGCCAUCGGUGGCCACAACGACAAGGAUUCGGACAAAGACUCGGAUAAAGACUCAGAUAAGGAGUCGAAUAAAGACUCGAAUGAAGACAAGGAUGAAGACAUGAACGACGAUAUGAAUGACGACUCGAAUGAGGGAUCAGUUGACGAGUCGAUUACUGUUAAGAAGACCAAAGAGAAGUCGAAGUCCAUUGAAGAGUCCGGUGAAGAAUCAGCCGAAGAGAUGGAUCAGAUGCCUAAGACUCCGGGCCAGACAUUCGUUGAGGACGACGAGCACAUGGAUGACGGAGAGGGAGGCGAUGGGGAGGGCGGGGAUGGCGCCGAAGGACCUGAAGAGCCGGUGCCGGAGACGCGGAUCGAUGUGGAGAUCCCGCGAAUAGUGGCUGACUUGGGAUCUGAAGUGCAUUUCGUGAAACUGCCGAACUUCCUGUCCGUCGACACCCAUCCGUAUGACCCGCAGUGGUAUGAGGACGAGAUCGAUGAGGACGAGAACCUCGACGACGAGGGCAGGGCUCGACUCAAACUGAAGGUCGAGAACACCAUUCGGUGGCGGAAUGUCGUCGACAGACAGACCAAUGAACUCAAAAGGCAAAGCAAUUCACGAGUGAUUCGCUGGUCGGACGGCACCUACUCUUUGCAUUUGGGCGAAGAGAUCUUCGAUAUCCAUAAACUCCAACUCAUGGCCGGAGAUAACAACCACUUGUUUAUACGACAGGGAACUGGACUCCAGGGACAGACAGUGUUCAGAACUAAGCUCGGGUUCAGACCGUAUUCGACCGAAAGCUUUACGCACAGGAAACUGACGCUCUCUUUGGCGGACAGGAGUCAGAAGACUCAGAAGAUACGAGUUCUGCCGAAUGUGGGCAAAGACCCGGAGGCGCACCGGACGGAGAUGAUCAAGAAGGAGGAGGACAGGCUUAAGGCAUCGAUUCGGCGCGAAAACAAACAGCGCAGAGCACGGGAACGGUCGCUCGUCAGAGGCCCCACCGCUUCCUAUCUGGAACCGGACGGCGAUGAGGACGACGACGAAGAGGGCAUCUCUAUUGCCCGCAUCAAAGACCGCUUCAAACGCGGCUCGUAUUCCAAGUAUACCGACGAACAGGACGUCUCCGCAGACGAGUCCAAAGCCCCCAACGAUGACAAUGAAGAAGACGACGACUCAGACCUCGACUUCCGGAAUGAGAAGAAGAAGAGCGACCGCAAGAAGAUUGUCGAAGACAGCGAUGACGACUGA